GGGUGGGGUAUCAGUGCUUCAACUGGCCAUCAUGACAUCAAACAAGUCUUUCAUCUCACAGACAGCCUGCAAGAACAUCCUUACACGCAUCUGGAAAGAAGAACCUUUGACGGAUUCAAAACCCAUCAUAAAAAGCAGGUUUGUGAUCAAAGAGGAAACCAAUCAACCAUGGUGGGGUUCAGUUUGCAGUUGCUUGCAAACCCCUAGAGUGAGCUACGCAGUCAGUUUGGUUCUUCAGAUUAUUUUUCUCAUGCUCUUCAGUUAUGUUUUGCUGUUUGAUUCUGGCAAAAAAUUAACACCAUGCUUCAUUGCUGUUAUUGUGUGGGUCAUGGACAUAGCUGCAGAAGAAAGCAGACAGAUGCUGGUUAGUGAUCCUGACAUCAAUGAAGACCAUGCCCACUCUCAAGAAUGCCACUGGUUGAGUCGACGGUGCAGAAAUUAUAUUCAUCAGACAUGGAAUCGUCUAGAUGUGGCAACAGUGGGUGUCUUCCUGCUGGGGAUGAUAGUGUUUUUUGACCAGGAAGUUGUGCACAUCAUUGGCCGUAUUCUUCUUAGUGUGGACAUAUUUCUCUUCUUUAUUCGAACUUUCCAAAUGCUGAUGGUCUUCGAAGAGCUAGGACUGAUGCUGAUCAUGGCUGGCAAGAUGAUUAAGGACACAGUGAACUUUAUGAUCAUUCUGUUGGUGGUUGUACUGGCAUAUGCUGUCAUGUCUGAGGCAGUUCUCUACCCUGAAAGUGAUCUGACUCUUGAGCGUCUUUUCCAUGUGCCUCGCAAAGCCUACUGGCAGGUGUUUGGUGAAGUCAGCCUGGAGGAAAUAGAAAUCAGUGAUGAAGCAAGCUGUUCCAUAGCAAAUGAUUCUAAACAUUUUGGGGGGGACAUCCCACAUUGCCCUACCCACUAUGGCCGCUAUGUUGUUUCAAUCAUGCUUGGUGUGUACAUUAUGAUCACCAACGUACUGUUACUCAACCUUCUCAUUGCUAGAUUCAACAAGACCUUUGAUAAAGUUCAUGAUGUUGCUUGUGAGUACCAGUCCUGGCAUCGCUGUGAGAUCAUCACGGAGUUCUACCACCGUUCAACAUUAAUCCCACCACUUAACAUGGUCAACGCCAUCAUUAAACUUUGCAAGUAUGUGUGCCACAAAAUGUGUUUAGCAUGCAAGGGCUGCUGCAAAAAGAUAAGUUCUCACAGACAGAAUGGGACGACUAGUGAACAAGAACCUCUUACUCCAAAAGUGCGUGCCACGAGGUCACCAGAUGGCUGUGUCAUUAAGGUCACAUGGGAUUCUUCAGUCAUAAGUUAUGACAAUUCACGAAAAAAGGAACUUUACACUGUAAAUCUCAAGGCUUGCAACGAAAACAUGGAGGUUGAUCAUACAGAGGAGUACAAAGUGGCCAGUAACAUCAAAUAUACAGAUCAGACAUUCACUUUUUGGGAUUUGGAACCUUCUAUUGAAUAUGCUGUCACAGUAAAUGAAAAGGAAGCCAAUUAGUUGCAAUUAGAGUCCCCUUCACUCCGUCCUGAGGACCUUGCAGACAUCCAGAAGUUUGAAGACAAGCAAGCAAACUGGGCAUGUAGGCAGGAGAAGAUGGAAGCCACCAUACUGACAGAGAAAGUGAUUAAGAUGACUACAAAACUUUUGGAGGAAAGCAAAGAACUUGACAAAAAGAUAACAAAACUGUCCGAUGAAGUCGAGGCUGAAGGGGCCAAAAGGAGAAAUAAUGUGAGAUAUCUUAAAGAAAGUUUGGACUGGAUAAAAGGUGAAAAUAAAACAGGAGCCAAAGAAAUAAAGAGAAUUAAUACAAGUAUUGUAAAGAUCAAUGAUAAAGUGGCUGAAAAUUUCAAACUACUGUCCAAGCAUGUUUAUGAACAAGGAGAACAUGGCAAGCUUCUGUCUGUUGACAGAAACAUUGUGCAUAAAAGUUUUCAGGUGAUGGAGAAAGAACUGGAAGGAUCAAAGAAAGAAUCACAGGGUCUAAGGGAUAAACUAGCAAAGUGUAUUGAAGAUAAAGCAGCUGCAGAUCAGGAAGCUAGCCAAAAGGUAGAGUCACUAAAAAGUGAAGUGGAGAAGCUGACAAGACAACUAAAGUCUACACAACAAAAAGCAGAGGAAGCCAGAAUGCAGGCAAAAGUUUUGGCAGCAGAAAAAGUAAUGGCAGAAGAGCAGCAGAUUACAGCUGAGAAAAACUGUGCUGAAGCACAGAGAAAUUGUAUCACGGCAGAAAGAAGUGAGAGAGAUCUUCAGAAGCAUCUGCUAGAAGCCAAGGAAGAGAUUAUACGGUGCCACAAGCAAAUCUUAGAGGUUGUGCAAAAGUCUACCAACAAUAGUUUAAGUCCUCAGUAUGAGCAACAGUAGCAGCAGCAGCUGCUAUACUACAUAGUAACAGCAUUGGAGCUUUCAAGAACAGGAGUGGGGCCUGUAACAUUGGAACCUUAAGCAUCCUUAACAGCAGCUAUUAGUAGUAACAGCACUGGAGCAGCAGUAUUAGCAUUGGUGUCUUCAGGAGCAAUAAAUGUGACUUGCUUCUUGAGACUGGUGACUAAUUUUCAGGAACUCAUAUGCACACCAGCCAACGGUGAUUUUGGGAAGAAAAUCUAACUUAAUACAUCACAUUCCACCCAGCCAGCUUCAGACAGUUAGAGGCUACUCGGUCCAUCUUGACUGUAGAAUGCUUGGAUGAUUUUUAUCGAACCUGGAAAGUAUGCUUCAUUCUCAUUCUCUCCCCCAACCCAGUGCCAAUCACUUCCAGCUAAUGUGCUUUUGGAGCUCAAAGUGAAAGAAUUAUCAAAUGGUUGCAUUUUUUCUUGUGUUUCAAAAAUGAUUUUAAUCUCUUUGGUUAUGCGUUACUAUUACAAAGAAAUGAACUGAUCAUUUCAAUCAAUAUUUUUAUGGGAUUUUCUUUAAGUCGUCAGAACAGCAAGUUUGUUUUAACAAUGUAUACUAUUUUGCAUUCAUAUUACCGAUAUAUCACUAAUCAGUACAAUAAUACCUUACUAAUCACAGUCAGACUGAUUGUAGAUGAUUAUUGCUCCGGUCAAUGUGGGGAUUUGAUUUCAGAUCGGCAGUAUCUUGACUAGCGCACAUGGUGUAAUAUUCAUCAGGUUUAUUGUAAUCAAUGGAAAAGAACAGCUUGCUCAACUUUUCAGUAUUACUGCAAUCUUCUGAUCAGCAACACUUUAAUAAUAAUUUGAUUUUUAUGUCUGUAAUAUCUUGAACAUUUAGUUUAAUAAUAUCUUCAGGCAACUAGUAUUGGUCAUAGAUUACAAAUAUCAGAGCCAUCAUGGUGAACGUGUUGAUACGAAACGGUUGGUUUCUUUCUUCUACAAAGAAAAUUACACUGCAUUUAAGAUUGGGAGUUCUAGGUUGUUUCCUAACUCCAAAAGUCGUUGUGUUGAUCUAUAAAACCCCAUUUUGCCUUCUGUCGGAACUCAGAAUUCCUCAGUCUUGACACUGCCUCUCAUCAGAUGCUCCAACAAGACUGGGAAUAUGGCUUUGGACGUUGAGGAUUUAACAUCAUGACGGUCGAGGUCGGUGUCUAGCACUUGGCUCUCGAUGGGCGAGGUUCUAAAAGAUGCUGAUGAAGGUGGCUGAUAUCAGAUCCUCUGCUGAGAGUUAGUCUUAGACUCGUGACUAACCGCAACACGACUUUUACUCAGCAGUGCGCAUGCCCGAUGUGAACGCUUCAUUGCACCACUAGCUGCUUGCUCUCGACAGCAGAUUCUCGAUGCUGGUGGAUAAGUGUUGGUCCCCUCGUUAGGUGCUAGUUAGCUCUAGACAGCAGUUAGGUCCCGGCCACAAAAGUUCAGCGUAAGUGGUCAAACAGGGGUGGGGUGGUGGUGUGUGGCAGGGACUCACUCUACUUGGAUUAGAGAUAAGGAAUCGUAAACGGGAGCCCUAGAAGACAAACCAUGUUUAGAAUCUUUGAAGUUAUUGCAUUCUUUGUAACUUGUACUAAUCUCUCUAUUUAAUAAUAAUUUCUUUAUUCACUAUAUCGCCUUGAAUUGAUGAUUGGGGACAUACGCGGGAAGCUCUGAGUCAGAUUGCAUUAUCUUUAAUGCUAGCAAUUUAGUGUAAGCGAUUCACGGAUACGGCGCGGGUGGUGGAGGCAUCGAGGAUGUAAUCAGCCCCAGGCCAUCGGCUCGAUUACUGCACCUCUGUCCUUUUCACAUACCCGUUCACGACAAUGACAUCACCUCUUUAAAAAAUAAAUAAGACCACUGCACUUAUUAUGCAUGCAAACACUAGAACUCUUCGUUAAAAUAAUUGAAGUGUCUAACCAUACCCUGAAAGAGAUUUGUGCCAUAAAUAUUCAAGAUUAUAUAUAUCUCCUGAUAACUGAAUGGUUGCAUAUUGUGUACUACUUCACUUAAAGGACAUUUUAUUAUGUGAUGAUAUUUCUAUGUUCUUGACAUCAAUUUCAUUAUAAUUUAAAAUAUCAUUUAUAUAUUUUUUAUUAUUAUCGGUAUCAGAUGAUGCUGGUGAGCAAGCUCUUAUAAAAGAUCUUGUGCUGUACAACAUACUGUUUUAUCAAAGUAAACAAAAGGACACCGCAUCACUCUCACGACGAUUUUUUUAAAAAGAAAACACAGUUACCCUAAACCUGGUCAGAUGUGUAAUCUUGCUCUACAUGAUACCCGUGGUAACAAAAAUGUAAGAGUUAUUAGGUUCAUGUCUGCCUGUAAGCACCAAGCAAGACAUGCGUUCAAUAUGAAACCA